UAGUCGGAUCUUACAUAAUUUUUAUGCGGGCACUCGGCUUUUUUCGUUCAGGGGCAGCAGUUUUUGCUGUUAUUUUCACAACUUGUGUUACGUAACUCAAGUUAAUUAGACUACUCCUGUUCGUUUAUGGUCUUGUUUUAGUUUCUCUGGUGACUGUUGUAUAUUCAAACUAAGGUCCGUCAUUUCGCAAUUGCUGAUGAGAAGAAGUUGACAUUUGGCACAAAAUGUAUUUACUUGACUUCUUAGCUGGGUGGUUUGCAGACCAGUAGCAAACUUGUCAAAUAUGACUGCCCUGUCAUAAAACAAUGGGAUAAGGCUCAUUAAGGAAGACACAGACAUUCUUUGAAAAAUGCAGAAGCAAAGUCAAGUCAACUGACCGUCCAAGCAACAGUUAUCCUUCGUGCCUUGGACUUAUCAGCCAACUCUGUAUCCAUCAAACUAGAAUAGAAGCAAAUCACCCGGAACCCGAAGGGCCGCUUAAAAAGUAACUGCUGGGAAGACAGUACACUGGACUCCACUUAUAGCAGGUCCUGCUUCGCCAAGAUGUGGCUGGUUUUAAGUUUGAACUAUAAGGCUGAAGAUGUGAGAGCAAAAAGAAACUUCAAGAAAGCAAGAAAUCUCUUUGAUCACAGACUAUCAACUGACUGCUGACAUUGAAUAUGAAGCUUGGAUCGUUAAAAAGUGUUAUCUUUCCAUUAGCCUAUUGUUUUCUUCUUUUUCAAUAUCUCUUACCAAUCCCCAACUUCACCACUAUCUCAAAGUGUCUCGUUUUCUCUCUCUAUUGAGUCUAUGACAAGCAUCCUCUUCACUCCAAUGUACUGUCAAUCACUGUACUAUAAGUGAAAUUAUCCUUGACUACUGGAACUGAUAUUGCCUGUCCUUUUGAAAUGUUGUGUACAUGGAAUUUUUAUUGCAUAACCUUGGCUACCUCCAUUCCUAAGCCUUUGUAAUAGCAAGUGUAUCUAAAUCAUUUUAUUUUUAUUUGUGCUGCUAAUUCCUCUAAGUGACUGUAUGAAUGCUUUUCACAUUCAGUUAGAGAUUUUUUUAAUAACUGGUGUUUGGUUGGUCCUUAUGUGUAGGUGGACUCUUAAAUGAUCUGUCCCUUUGUGUUCUUGUCUUUACCGAGAACCAUGUAGAAGUUUUAUGUCCUCAACUACUAUCUUUAUCUUUUUUUUACCUGAAACCUUUUCUGAUUUAAAGCCUAUCCAUAUUGACCAACUGCAACUGAUGCACACCAUGAAUAGUAUCCAUAGACGUGGACUUGCUACCGCUGUUGGAUAUCCUUUGGAUACAAUCAAGGUGAGAAUUCAGACACAACAUAUGUACAGUGGUAUUUGGCACUGCAUUCGAUCAACAUACCAGAGAGAAAAGGUAUAUGGAUUUUACAAAGGAAUGGCAUUACCUGUUCUGUCGGUGUCUGUAUGUGGUUCAGUUUGCUUUGGCACGUACAGAAAUUGCCUUCAUUUUUUAAGUCAGUUGAGACAUGGUAGCUCAGAUGUGAAACCAUCCAGAUUUGAUGUUUUCAUUGCAGGCUGUUCUGCAGGGACUGCUGAGGCUAUGGUGUUUGCUCCCAUUGACCUAAUCAAGAUAAGGCAGCAGAAUCAGACACAUCCUCAUCAGUCUUAUCAAGGCCCUCCUUCUCGUGACCUUUUGUUAAAGCCAAAAUACAGAGGCCCAACCCACUGCCUAAUAACAGUAAUAAAAGAGGAAGGAAUUUUGGGACUGUACAGAGGUAUUACUGCACUAUGGUUAAGAGACAUUCCAUGUUUUGGAUUAUAUUUUUUGGUGUACUCUGUUUUCACUGAAUGGCUAACUCCACAAGGACAACAUAAGCCAGAUUGGUCAGCCAUGCUGUUGGCUGGUGGAUGUGCUGGCAUGACUUACUGGACUUUGGCCACUCCAAUGGAUGUCAUGAAAUCCCGAAUGCAGAUGGAUGGCAUGGGACAGCAGAGAUAUAAUGGUGUACUAAAUUGUAUCAAUGAAAGUUUCAGACAAGAAGGGGCAAGAGUUUUCUUCAAGGGUUUAAGUUUAAACUGUGUGCGUGCAUUUCCUGUCAAUGGACUGACAUUUGUAAUUUAUGAAACUGUGCUGGCAUUUCUCAAAAAAAUAAAUGCAAAGGAUUAAUUAAGUUCCUACAUCUUAAGAUAUUCAAUCAUCAUAUCCACGUGUCAUCACUUUUGCCUUUUGAUUGGAAAGGUCACUAGUUCAAACCUCACUCCAGAAUUUGAAUAUAUAAUGUCAGUUGACAGUUCAGUACUGAAUCGAAGGAUAACUGCUUUGCCAUGCGUGCUAUCUUUUGAUUUGAAGUAGAAGCCCAACUGCCUGAUGCCAUGUAUACACAAGUUCCCCAUGAAGAGUGUGGAAUCCUUUGUUUCCCCCAAUAUUUAUCUCUUAACUAGUUUGUUAUAUUGGUUAUUUAUCUCAAUUGCUGCUUGAGGAAUCUUGCUGUAUACAAGUUGCUGCUAUAUUUUCUGCAAAUCAACAAGUGCCCAGACUUGAAAGUAACCAGUUCCCUAAGAAAUGCAAUGUGAGCCUGAGAAUGUAAAAUUCAUGAUAAAUGUUUGUUACCAAGACUAUCUACAGAAUCUGAACUAAAAAUGAAAUCUGUUUUGGUGUACUUUGCAUUUUGUCUGUUGCAGUUCCUUGCAAUGUAAAUUUAUAAUUAGUGUUGCUUUUUCAGUAACUGUUGGUAGUUUCAAUUUGAAAUACAUUUGUGAGCUAUUUUUUUUUUCUUUUUAUAAAUGUAACAUUUUUGUAUUGAUUUAAAGCAUUGUUUGGCACCAAGUUGAAUUUCUAAACAUCAAUU